GAAGCGGUAGAGCGGGUUGGGGCGUUAACUGUCCGUGAAAACAAAGAGGGGGAAAUGAAAAUUGUGACACAGGGCGACGACACAGUUGGUGAAUAUGGAGAAAAAGGCAUUCAAUUCUCAUCUUGUCGUCUUCGUAAACCUUCAAAACUUAUGCUUUAAUAGGGCCUUAACCACUCUUCACCCCCAACUAUCCUUAUUUCCUCUUCUCUCUCCUUUUUUCUUUUUAAUCUUCAAUUCCAAUCCCUCCCUGUUUUUCCUUCCAUUUCCAUCGUUCUAUUAGCUUUUCUGCUCAGAUUUAAGGCUGACCCACAAUGCUUUUUCCCAAAUCUCUGUUCUAGUGUGUUUCAAUUUCACGAUUUCUUUUGAUUACAGAUAAGAAAUCUGAUUUUUCCGAUUUCUGUGAUAUUUGGAGAUGAAGCGACUAGUUCCCGAUGGCGAUGGGGAGCGGAAGAUGGGGAAAAAACUCAGGGUGGACUCUGUGGAUUGUGAAGGGGGAGGAGGAGGAGGAGGAGGAGGCGCCUCCGACAGAACUGGGUUUGUCAAUUUGGAUGAUAAUUUGCUGUUUGAGGUUUUUAAGCAUGUGGAUGCGACGACUCUGGCUAUGGCGGCGUGUGUCAGCAAGCAAUGGCACAAAACGGCGGAAGAUGAGCGGCUUUGGGAGCUGAUCUGUACCAGACACUGGGCCAACACCGGCUGCGGCAACCAACAACUCCGAUCUGUAGUUCUAGCCCUCGGUGGCUUCCGUCGCCUCCACUCGCUCUUCAUCUGGCCUCUUACCAAGCCCCAAGCCCCCUCCACAUCUGCCUCAGCUUCCUCCUCAUCGUCGUCGUCGCCUUGGUCUACGUUUCCGGCGAUGAUUGGGUCGAAGCCACCGACCCGUUGGGGGAAGGAUGAGGUCCAUCUCUCGCUCUCACUUCUCUCGAUUCGGUACUACGAGAAGAUGAAUUUCAGCAACAGAGACGAAUGAAUGGUCUGGCCUGGAAAAUUCACUCCAUUUAACCAUUUUCCUCGAGAUUAGGCGAUGAUUGAAGUUUCCCUUUCAAUGUGUUUUGGAUUUGAUCUGGGUUUUUCUUUAUCUUUUCUUAUUGUCCUUCCUGGGUUAAUUAGAUCUGUAUCCGGGUCGGGUGUGUACUUCAUAAAUUCCUAACUUGUGUAUCUGAUUAUAUAGUUAUCAUAUAUAUAUAUAUGAAUGGAGAAGCAAAAGAUUAAGUGGGUUUUGUGUUGAAA